CAACUCCAUACAUAUAUAUUCUCCUUCCACGCACGGAUAGUCCCACUUCCCUUUUUUCAACCCAGCACUCAGUCAACAUGAAGCUCUCAGCAGCAACAACCCUCUUCUCGCUCGCACUCGCCACCGUCCCCCCACCAGGCCCCGACGGAAAAUACACCCUCACGGCCCCUGGCAUAACCGCCAAGUUCAUCCCCUACGCGGCAUGUAUAACGAAUCUCCUCGUCCCCGACAAGAACGGCACGCUCCGAGACAUCAUCCUCGGCUACGACAACGCGUCCUUCUACCCCGUGGACCCGAACCACUCCGACUACGGCGCGGUGCCGGGCCGCUACGCCAACCGCAUCAAAGACCACACCUACGUCCUGAACGGCACACGCUACUUCACCGAAGCGAACGACGGCAACGGCACGCUGCACUCUGGCACGAACGGCUGGAGCCAUCGCGUGUGGAACGUCAGCGCUGUCAGCAAUACCAGUAUCACCUUCUCCAUCACCGAUGUCGGGAACUCGAGUCUCGGCAUGCCGGGCACGGUGAUGGGGAGCGUGACGCACUCGGUGUCGAAUUCCAGCUGGCACACUACGAUCGCUGCGCAUGCCGUGGAUCACGUCACGCCGUUGAUGCUGACCACGCACCCGUAUUGGAACCUGGACGCGUUUGCGAAUCCAGACACGGAUCUGAUUCUGAACCAUACGCUGAGUUUGCCGUUCGGGAAACGCAUGAUUGGUAUUGAUGAGAAUACGGAGUCCACCGGGGAGUUGCCGACGGUGCCGAAGGGCGAUAUUAAUGAUUUUUGGAGCGCGCCGAAGAUGAUUGGGGCGAGUAUGGGGGAUGCGAGGUGGGUGGGGAAUUGUGGCACUGCGGGCGGGUGUGCGGGGUAUAAUAAUCAGUGGUUGGUUGAUAGGGGGAGUGGGGAGGAGGAGAUGCCGAUUGCUACGUUGAGUAGUGGUUGGAGUGGCAUUAAGUGGGAUUUGUACAGCGAUCAACCGGGCAUUGUGGUUUAUAGCUGUCAUUGGAUGGGUGGUGGCAACCAACUCAAAGCCGCGCAAGGAGGUAAAGCCUCGAAUGGCUUCGUCCGAAAAGACGGUUGUGUGGCGGUUGAGCCGCAAGAUUGGAUCGAUGGUAUCAACCACCCUGAGUGGAACCGAACACAGUACCAGAUCAAUGGGCCGGGCAUGCCUCCCUUCUCGAGCUUUAUUCAGUAUAAGUUCAGUACAGUCUAGAC